CUUUGAUUUUAGCCUGACAUAUAUUGGAGCUGGCAUGAUUUGUUCCCAUAUUGUGAAUCUUUCUCUCCUUCUUGGAGCAGUGGUUUCAUGGGGAAUAAUGUGGCCACUAAUAAGUGAACUUAGAGGAGAGUGGUACUCUAGUAGCUUACCCGAAAGUAGUAUGAGUGGUUUGCAAGGUUACAAGGUCUUCCUUUCAAUUGCACUAAUUGUUGGAGAUGGACUCUACAAUUUCCUAAAAAUUUUAGCUUUUACUGCCAGAAACAUGCAUGCUAGAGCAACACGCAGAAUGAUAAAAAAUGAGGCAGAUCAGGAUAAUCCAAUCCUUAAUGAUCUCCAACGUAACGAGGUAUAUAUAGAAGAGAGCAUACCAGUGUGGUUAGCCUACUCUGGGUAUGUACUGUUCACUGUGGUUUCCAUUGUUGUUAUUCCUUUCAUGUUCCCUGAGGUGAAGUGGUACUAUGUGGUCAUAGCUUACAUGCUUGCUCCAGCUCUUGGUUUCUGCAAUGCUUAUGGUGCUGGCCUAACAGACAUGAAUAUGGCUUACAACUACGGAAAAGUGUCUCUCUUUAUAUUGGCAGCUUGGGCUGGGAAAGACUCCGGUGUAGUUGCUGGACUUGUGGGCUGUGGCCUAAUUAAGUCCGUCGUUUCCAUUUCUGCUGAUCUGAUGCACGACUUUAAGACGGGUCAUCUCACUGUGACAUCCCCAAGAUCGAUGCUUCUUAGUCAGGCCAUUGGAACUGCCAUGGGCUGCAUUAUUGCCCCUUUAACCUUCUUUCUCUUCUACAAUAUCUUCGAUGUGGGGAAUCCAAAUGGAAAUUGGAAGGCUCCAUAUGCUCUGAUAUAUAGAAACAUGGCAAUUCUCAGUGUUGAGGGCUUCUCAGCACUCCCUCAUCAUUGUUUGCAGCUUUGUUAUGGUUUCUUUGGGUUUGCAGUGGUCGCCAACAUGAUGAGGGAUACUUUGCCAGCUAAGUACAGUGGUUGGGUUCCCCUACCAGUGGCCAUGGCAGUGCCAUUUCUAGUUGGAGCUAGCUUCACAAUCGACAUGUGUGUUGGGAGCUUGAUAGUGUUUACCUGGCACAAGUUAAACAGAAAAAAAGCUGCUCUAAUGGUGCCUGCUGUUGCCUCUGGUUUUAUCUGUGGGGACGGGUUGUGGAUGUUGCCUUCAUCGUUGUUAGCCUUGGCUAAGGUCGAUCCUCCUAUCUGCGUGAAAUUUGUGGCCAUAGAAUAGAUAUGCAAAAGAAAGAUCAUCUGAUGGAGUUGAAAGAUAUUUCAUGAGAGGAUCUUUUAGUUUGAUGUAUCACGAACUUCAACAAGUAAAUUAUACAGGAAGAGAAACAAAUACCAGCUUAGUUGCAGAGAGUCUGAGGAUACUCCAUUGAUUUGGUUUUUGGAGGGUGGAAAUCAGCAACACUCUUUGUAAUAGAUGAGAUAUUGCUCUUUACCCUUUCUCCCAGACAAAGGUACAGAAGAAUGCAUUGGUAAAGAUCUUUCUAUGUUGAAAUUAGAGUUUCGAUUCUCAAGUUAUUCAAACAGUAAACAGGCUUACAGUACACAUCUUUCCAUUCCUUCACAUUGUCAUACUGAUGCAAGCUGUUUAUACUUGGCGCCCGGCAGCUCCGCAACCUUCUUAUCGGAAGUUUCACUUGUGUCUUGGAUCAGACUAGAUAAUGUGGCAAGUCUCAGCAGUACUAAACAUGUACAGCUACACUGUGGAUCUACUAAUUUGAAUCAGGAGACAUCUUGAGUUACUAUCUGCCUGUGCAUUUCCCUUUCGCCAAAGCAUGAGCUUGAGGUUGUAGAGAGCGAUCGAUACGGCAGAGAGGCUCCGAGAGCGUUAUGAUCGAUCAUACGAUGGUUUCAUGUUUUGGAUGCUUUCGCCGAAAGGAAUGAACACAGCCCGAAGUAAUGCCAUCUUGGGAUGCUUUGUUAUGUGUCCAUUAUUUGGUAAGCUUCUCUCACAUGGUGAGGCCAACUCAGGAGGGGACAGCGAGGGAGAAGAACAGUUCGAUGCCAAACCUAAUAAACUAGCCAUCAUGUGGCCGACGCAUUUGUUCCAUCUCCUCCCACUGGUGGCUGUGCCAUUGCAUUGAGCCCCAAAGCAAGAUUUCUCUUUUCCUGUUCCUUCUUUCCCAUUCAUUAUACAGCAUGUAUUAUGAUCUCAAUGUCGAGACUCGAAAUAAUAUGGCACCCUCUCUCUCUCUCACAA